GUUUCAUAGGCUUCAUAUCAUAGAGUUGGAUGGAUCUUGGAAAAUUAGGCGGAAAAAUGCAUAAGUUAUUAUCCGGUAGUUUGUUUUCACGAAAAUAUCUAGUCCAAUUUCAAAUUUUAUCCGAGACUCGCUGUCCAUUUUACAUCAGUUAUACUGAAGAUUUGUGGACUAAUUUGAUACACCAAUUGGUGACGACAAUUCAGCAUGUCCAGAGUUUGUAGGACAUCUCCUCGUUUAGUCGUAAAGUUUUGGCACAGCUUUUCUAAUCCUCCAAUUUUUGCUAAAAAGUGCUGUGCGUUCACUUCCCAUAUUUCUCCCCCUUCUGUGCAGCACAGCUUGAAGAAAUCUUUCUCAGCUUCAUGUCCCAAGUUUUCCCUUAAAUCUAACCCCCCAAGUCCUCACACUCCUGGAAAAAGAGAGAAGCCUCAUUGCAAUGUGGGCACUAUAGGUCAUGUGGACCAUGGAAAAACUACACUGACUGCUGCAAUCACCAAAGUAAUGGAGAAGAGGAAAUUAUCCAAGUACACCAGCUAUGAGGACAUUGAUAAGGCUCCUGAAGAGAAACUACGAGGCAUAACUAUUAAUAUCGCUCACGUUGAGUAUGAGACUGACACUCGACACUAUGCACAUACAGAUUGUCCAGGUCAUGCAGAUUAUAUAAAAAAUAUGAUUAGCGGUACUUCACAAAUGGAUGGAGCUAUCCUGGUUGUGGCAGCUACUGAUGGGCAAAUGCCACAAACAAUUGAACAUCUCCUACUCGCUAAGCAGGUUGGAGUUGAAUCUGUAGUCGUCUUUGUUAACAAAGCGGAUCUUGUCGGAAAAGAUGUGCUGGAGCUUGUGGAACUAGAAAUGAGAGACCUUUUAACCGAUUUUGGAUUUGACGGAGACAAGUCCCCAAUAAUUAUAGGUUCCGCACUACAAGCACUUCAGGGCGACACGAGUGAAAUUGGUGAAGGAAGCAUUCUUAGGCUUCUAGAUGCAUUGGAUGCGCACAUAUCCAUACCAGAAAGAGAUUUAAAGUCACCGUUUCUGAUUCCUAUUGACAAUUCUUUCACCGUUCCUGGACGAGGAACCGUAGCAGUUGGGACAAUCAAAAGAGGGAUAAUUAAAAAGAAUGCGGAAGCAGAGCUGUUGGGAUUUGACACAAAGAUAAAAACCACUCUGGGAGAUAUCCAUGUAUUUAAAAAGUCAGUACCUAUGGCUGCCGCGGGAGAUAAUGUAGGCGUGUUGUUAAGAGGGGUAAAACUUGAAGUAGUCGAAAAGGGAAUGAUGCUAUGUGAAUAUGGGAGCGAAGUUGCAUGCAACCGAUUUCAAGCAAAGAUAUAUUUCCUCACAAAAACGGAAGGGGGAAGAUCUAAACCCGUAACAAAUAAAUAUCAGCCCCAGCUCUUCAGUAGGACUUGGAGCAUUGCUUGUCGGAUGGAUAUCAUCCCUCCAGAAACAAUGAUCAUGCCAGGAGACCACUCGACUGUAGAACUUACAUUGUUGAAGAACAUGGUAAUGACAAUAGGACAACAGUUUACCAUACGAGAAAACAACUCUACGGUAGCCACUGGAAUUAUCAUGAAAGUCUUGGAAAGUGUGAAUGUGCCAAAGUCACUUGGAAAAUUAAAAUUAGAAAACAUUAUAGGUCAGUCGUAACAUGAGUAAAUCAGUUAUUUAUUAUGAAACCGAAAUACAGAGAGAAUCGUACCAAAGUA